UUUUUUGUCCAUUCUUAGGUUGUUUCCUUAAUGGCUUUCUUGUUUGUUGUGUUGCUCAUAAAUGCUGUGCAUCUUUCUCCGUAGCAGCUUGGGUGGGUGUGUGUUGUACGAUGUACAGGAUUUGUUUCUGGAGAUGUUGAUUUACGGAUCUGUCAAUUGUUGUGAUUAGAUGUUUGUUUUCUUUUGGUGAGAUCUUUUGGGAAGAGAAUUUAUGGUUUUGAGUCUUACCACUUCUCUAUCUUCUGAAUAGAUAUUUUGAAGUGCUUAAAUUUUUUCUCUUUUUACAGAAAUAAAAGGUUAUUUUAUGCAUUAUCCUCUUCCUUGAAUUGGGAUGUUUGUUUUGUUACUCUUUGGAUAAAGUGCUGCAUCUUCUAGGCAAAAGCUGAGAUUUCUCACCAAAACUCUGAAAUUUUGAAUACACUUCUGAUUUAUCUGUGCUUUGGUUUUAUGGAGCUGUGAAUUGCCACUCAGUAGUUGUGAAUUGUGAUUCUACUGUUUCUGUCUCAGAAGAUUUCCCCGAACCCGGGAUCUCUUUUGUGCUGCACAGAGAUUUCUGCAGAUCCUCUUAAACAAUAGGUCACUGGAAGGAAGGAGAUAAUGCAGUGUAGAAGCCAAACCGGGGGAUAUUACUACCCAAGAUAUCUUAAUGUGGGUCUUAGUGGUCAUUCAUGGCCAAUAACACAGGGUGAUGUCACGUGGAGCAGUGGACAAAAUUUUAAUGUUUUGUUGCCCCCGUCUACUAUGGACCAUAAUGUAGGUUACCAGAAAGAAAUUUUUAGGCAGAUGAUGCUCAAGCAUGAAGCGACAUUCAAAUAUCAAGUCUAUGAGCUGCAUCGCCUAUAUGGAAGACAAAAGGAAUUGAUGGAGGAAAUUAGGAAGAGAGAAAUAUUGAAUCGCAAUUUAAAACCACAUCUUGUUUCCGAAUUGAGGUCUGAUUUCUCCUUCUGUCCUUCUAGUAAUCUCUCAGGCGUUGAACCGUCUUCUCUAAGUGCUCAGAUGCCUCGAGAGCCUCCGUACUUUCUAAAACCGGCUCCCGACCAAUAUCCAACAAAGGGUGUCUUAAAAGAAUGUGAACUAUCAUCGUCUCGAAUCAACAAGUCUGGGAAGAGAAUGUUGGAUCUUGAACUUCCAGCUUGUGAGUACGAGGAUAGUGAUGAGGACAACAUUGUUCACGUGCCUAAAAUGCCUGUCUCACAUCACAUUGAUCCAAAACUCGAUUCUUUCUCCCCAGGAGGUUCCUCCAUUUCCCACUCGAGUUUCAGAAAUGCCAAUGUCUUGUUUGACUUGAAUGCACCUGCAGAGCCUGAUGAAUUAGGUCAGGAUCUAUGUGGACAGAAAUGCGUAGUUCUGAAUAAUGAAGCCACGCCUGAUAUUCCCGAGGGAGAAGGUGCUGAUCAUUGUGACCGCACUUCUGGGCACAGUCCUACUGCAAACAUUAAGGUUUCAGAUAGCAAAAAUCUGCCAAAAGUUGUGGAUUUGAAUAUGUUUCCAGCUGACUAUUCAUCUGAUGAUGACUUUUCUGGCAAUACCUACAAGAAAUCACGUUCGGCUCCACUUGAACGUGAAGACAGGGAGAUGGAUUGUAGUGGAAAGUCUGGGAUCGUCAACAGUAGUUUCUCUCCUAACCCUACAGUUGAGUCACAGGAAUACGAUGGAGGUAACCGUUUCAUUGAUACUGGAGUUGAUAGCAACUCGAAUUCUGGUCUAGAAAAAGAGUUUGUACUAUCACCACAUGAGCAAAGUGAUACGACUGAAGCUGCAACGCAGAGAGAUUUGGAAGCACCCGUUAGCCCUGAGAACAAAGAGUGCGCUCCACCGAGAGGGGAUUCUCAGGAUAACCAACUCGAAAGAUGUAUUAGCUCAUUGAAACUAGAAGGCGAGAUCCAAGAAGAGGAAGAAGACAGGGUUGCAGCAGACACAUUGUUUGUUCUUGCGUCAUCUGGAAUUCAGAGGUAUUCAAAAACCAAAUUCAUUGACCAAAAUGAAGCCUUUAAUGACUGCCUAGAUUGGUUUGCUGGAAUCGCAUCCUCUUUGGUGAAUAAUCAACAAACCCAUGAUGCUAAAGAGAUGGAAAUAGUCGACGCCUCAUUACCUAGUCGGCUAAAGAGGGGACAGAAAAAGAUGAAAUUGCAACCGAACAACUUUCAGAAAGAAGUAAACAAGGAUCUUCACACUGCUUUGGAACACGGUUCUGCAAGGAGAAGCGUUAGUAGAUGCAGUCGCGGGAGAGGGAGGAGACAAUCCAAAGCGUCGGAGAUGACAGCGUGCUCAGUCUCGAAGCAGCAUAGUGACGGUAAGAAACAUAGCUCUGCUGACAGAUGCUUGCCAGUUUGGGGGAAGACUAAAAGGCGCCAAAUGGCUCGUGUUGCUCGAUCCAUUAGCCAUUCUCCUCUUUAGCUCAUUUCAUUGCUACUUUAACUAGAUCUACAGUACAGUAAAAAAAAAAACAGUAAUUUGAUGUUUUGUGGGGAAGAGUGGUAGAAUCUUGCCCAGUUUUGAGAAUGAAGGCUUCAUGGUUUAAGGAUGUGUGUAAACAUUCAAGUUAAAUGUUGCCAACAUUCUUAUUCUUGUUUGUAAAUACAGUUUGUAACCAAACAACAUUCAGCUUAAUUAGUUUCUUAAUUACAGCUGCUACAGGGCAUGUACUGUGAAGUGAAUAUUCCAAACUUUAUGUCAAAGUUUUUUU